UACCGUAUAUGCGUUUGCACAGUGCCUCGGCUGUCAGUUAUAGUUGAUAUUCGUUCGGUCAUGACGGCUUAUAUCACUACUCGAUUACUAGUCGUGAUCAUCUUGCUGACCGCGGCGGGACGCGCGUCCGCAGCCCGCGUGCUCGGCGUGUUCCCGCACCACGGGUACAGCCAUCACUCCGUGUUCUUACCUUACCUGAGAGCGCUGGCCGACCGCGGUCACAACGUGCUGGUGAUCAGCCAUUUCGAUUCAUCGCACACGGGAAUCAUGGACAUCAGCGUCAAGGGCUCGGCGCCUAUGGACAAUAACAUCACGUUCCCGGACUCGACGACGUUCGGGUUUUUCGCCACGUGGAGGGACGUUUUCGUUAUGUACAACAUGGCGAAGAUUACCGAGGGCAUUUUUGAGGUGCCGGCCGUCCGGCAGCUGCUC